AUUGCCUUCCGGGUGGUUGUAGUCAUUUCCUUUGCUAACGUUUGUGCGGCUUCUUGUGGAAUCCGUUUAAAAUAUAGCAGCCUGACAGGCUAAAAAACUUUUACAGUUUCAGGAUGAGCGCAGCAGAGCGGAUCGAUUGCGGCGCGGCUCGGAGUUGUUCAGUAGGAAGAUCUACACGACUUCUGUUCGUGCUUUCCCUUUGGACAAUUCCUUAUCUGUGCGCAGCAUACGGACAGAUAGACCCGCUGGUGUAUGACGAGCAGCUGUUAUGGGUGGGGGGCGGGGCCGGAGAGGUGAACACCUAUCGGAUCCCUCUGCUCACCUUCACCCCCAGCGGCAGCCUGCUGGCUUUCGCCGAGGCCCGCAAGAACAGUGCCAGCGACAUCGGCGCCAAGUUCAUUGCCGUGAGGCGCUCCACCGACCGAGGGGCCACCUGGUCCCCCACCUCGUUCAUCGUGGACGACGGCGCUCUGGCGGACGGGCUGAACCUGGGCUCGGUGGUGGUGGAUGAGGUGGCGGGCUCCCUGCUGCUCAUGUACUCUCUGUGCUUCCACCGCUACCACUGUAACCCGUCCAGCACCAUGCUGGUGGAGAGCCGGGACGACGGGCUCACCUGGAGCCUGCCCCGAAACCUGUCCACUCAGCUGGGCGUUAAGAGCUUCGCCCCCGGCCCGGGAUACGGCAUCCAGAAGCGCUACCCCCCCGCCGUGGGGCGUCUGGUUGUGUGUGGGCACGGGUCCAUCGAGGGCGACGGGGUGUUCUGCGUUCUGAGCGAUGAUCACGGCCGCACCUGGAACAACGGCGCCGCCCUCAAGAGCAUCCCCUACAACCAGCCCAAACAGGACCUGGACUUCAACCCGGACGAGUGUCAGCCAAUGGAGAUGGAGGACGGCAGCAUCGUCAUCAACGCCCGGAACCAGAAUAACUACCACUGCCGCUGCCGGGUGGUGGUGCGCAGCACGGACGGGGGGGAGUCCCUCCCGCUGGAGAACCUGCGCUUCGACAACACGCUGGUGGACCCGGUGGUGGCAGCCGGCGCACUGCAGAAAGAGGGGGUCAUCUACUUCACCAACCCCGCCAACACGCAGCACAGGAUUAAUCUCACUCUGCGCUGGUCUCUGACAAAUGGAUCCUCCUGGGAGAAGGAAGCCGUGCAGAUAUGGGCUGGGCCGAGUGGCUACUCUGCUAUGACAUCACUAGUGGGCAAGACAGCGGAGGACAGGAAGUACAUCUACGUCAUCUACGAGAAGGGCCACAAGAGCCCCUACGAGACCAUCUCCUUCACCAAAAUCCACCUGUACGGGGGCAGGUAGAGCGAGGGGUGGGGGGCGAUCUCAUGGCCUGUGGGAGGGUGGAGGGUGAUGGGUCAAACUACCAUGUGACAUCCACCAUGUGAUCCCAACUAGGAGUGUGUAUUUUCAAAUAAAAGGAAUUAUUCCUCACAUAUUGCAAAAAUAUCAUAUUUCAUAUUUGAGCAGCAGUUGGGGGGGUGGUG